AUGGACCGAAGACUUAAGAACGCCCUGUGCGCAGCGUCUGCUGGGGUUUGCGGUUCAUCAGCCGGCUUGUUCGGCAAAAUCGGAAUGACUGUCGGCUCAAACGAUCAAGCUUUGUACACAAAUUUAGCCAGAUUCGUCAUGUUAGCAAUGGUCGUGCUGGCCAACAUUGGAGGUUGGCUAAUGUAUACCAGAUCCCUACGAUUUGGUUCCACGUUAGUAUCCACUGGCAUCAGCAUCGCAUCCAAUUACAUUUUCACCGCUCUAACUGGUGUACUAUUGUUUGCUGAGAGCUGUUCAAUUCUGUGGGCAUGUGGCACACUUUCUGUCAUGAUUGGAGUUAUACUGAUGUCCAUUUGA